ACCGCGGACAGCUCCGCUCCGAGGGGCAGAGCAGCACCGGAGGAGGAGAGGGCUGGAUAUGGAGGAUCCACCGCACAGGCCCGUCUGAUCCACACUAACCCACACAAAGGAGCUGGAGGACGGGGAGACCCUGCUGGGAGGCACCGGUUCUGACCCAUCCCGGAGGAGGAGCAGGAGGAGACCGAGGAGAGACGAUUCCGCUCCGCCUGAUGGACUGAGAGGACAGAUGAAUGAAGGCUGCCUACACUAACGCCUAUCGAUGCCUGGCCAAGGACCUGGACGCUUACGCCAUGAACGCGGACAUGACAAUGGACGGCCUGGGCAGCCUGCACGGGGGGGUGGCCCCUGACGCGGAGCUGAUGAGCGGCUCGUCCGGCCUGCGGAUCCACCAGGAGCUGGCGCCCCGGCCGGCCAUGGUGUCCGGGAUGAUCCUGGAGGGCAGCGGGGAGUACCGGCCGGAGCUGUCGCUGCCGCUGCACCACGCCAUGAGCGUCCCGUGCGACGCGUCCUCCCCCGGGAUGAGCGGCACCUACACCACCCUCACCCCGCUGCAGCCGCUGCCGCCCAUCUCCACCGUGUCCGACAAGUUCCACCACCACCACCACCACCACCACCAGCGGCUGUCCGGGAACGUCAGCGGCAGCUUCACCCUGAUGCGGGACGAGCGGGGUCUGCCGGGCAUGAACAACAUCUACACCCCCUACAAGGACCACAUGUCCGGGAUGGGUCAGAGCCUUUCCCCGGUGCUGGGCAACGGCCUGGGCUCCAUCCACAACACCCAGCAGGGGCUCCACAACUACGGCUCCGGCGCGCACGGAACCCACGACAAGAUGCUCAACUUCGAGCACCACCAGCACCGAGGCCUCGGCGGCCCGCCGGCCGGGAUGAUGCCGCACCUGAACGGCAUGCACCACCCGGGACACCACCCCCACCCGCACCUCCAGUCUCCGUCCCACGGGCAGGUGUUGGCUUCCACGCGGGAACGGCCGCCCUCCUCCUCCUCCUCGUCGGGGACGCAGGGGGGCAGCGGCUCCGGGCAGCUGGAGGAGAUCAACACCAAGGAGGUGGCGCAGAGGAUCACCGCGGAGCUGAAGAGGUACAGCAUCCCGCAGGCCAUCUUCGCCCAGAGGGUGCUGUGCCGCUCGCAGGGGACGCUGUCCGACCUGCUGAGGAACCCCAAACCCUGGAGUAAACUAAAGUCCGGCCGGGAGACCUUCAGGCGGAUGUGGAAGUGGCUGCAGGAGCCCGAGUUCCAGAGGAUGUCUGCGCUCAGGCUGGCAGCAUGCAAGCGGAAGGAGCAGGACAACGGCAAGGAUCGCAACAACACACCAAAGAAGUCGCGGCUGGUCUUCACCGACCUGCAGCGGCGCACCCUGCUGGCCAUCUUCAAGGAGAACAAGCGGCCGUCCAAAGAGAUGCAGCUCACCAUCUCUCAGCAGCUGGGCCUCGAACUCACCACAGUCAGCAACUUCUUCAUGAACGCCCGCCGCCGCAGCCUGGACAAAUGGACGGACGACGGCGCCAGCCCCGGAGCACAGUCCUCGGCGUCCAGCACUUGUACCAAAGCAUGA